CCAUUGACCAUUGCGGGGUGGCGCCAGCCAAAGAACAAGAAGGGAAAGGGUAGGGGUGGCAAAGUGAGUGGCAAAGGCAAGGGUAAUGGAGAUGAGAAGUCUCCACAGCGCAGCAAGCGCAACCGUGGUGAUGACGAACUAUUGCAGUUGGAUCUGAAGCGCAAAUCACACCUUCUGAGUCAGAAUGUAGCAGAGCAGGCCCUCCAGUUGAAAGAGCAGGUGGUUGAGCAACUGGCUGUCACUGAUGGAUCGGAAGAGUUGACAGACCACCGGGCCCUUGUUGAGAGCAGACUCAACCAGGUUUUGGCACUUGCAAGCGAUCCCGACGCAUCACAUUUGGUGCUUUCCCCUGGAUGUAAGAAGGCCAAGAAUGAUUUCUUUUCCCCGGAUGAUGGUAAGCUUAGCGAGAACAUCAUCAAAACCUUUCAGAAGAAGUUCAAGGCUGCUGUUCAGCUGGUCAACAAUGCCA